AUGAGGUUGCUUAGGAGUGCCGGGAAUGUUGAAUCCGCGCAUGCAUUGGACUCCGCUCUUCGAAGAAAAGCAAUCAUCACAGACCCAGAGCACCGACCACUCAAUGUCGUGGCUACCUCUUGCCUCCAGGGCACGUUCGCACCAGACAAGGGCAAUCUUGUCGGGUCAGAUGUCGCAGGCGGAGACUUCUCGGUUGCCAAUCCAACGUCUCCAAAGACAGACUGGGAAGGUCAGGAGCAGGAAGGCAUUUGCCAGAGCACGAAAAGUGGCGCCCGGAAGAUGUGGCUCGCGGGCUGGCUCAGAAUGCCCCAUAUUGUUGCGACUAUGAAUGGCAGCAGCAUGACUUAG